UUUUAACUUCAAAUAUUUACAAACUCUUUAAUAACUCCAUAAAACCCUCCACCUAGAGAUUUCACUCUUCUUCCUCAUAAACGAUGAUGCAGCUUGGUGGUAAAACAGCCACAGCCGCCGCAACAGAAGAUGUGCCGCUACAACCCAACGAGUCAGCCGCUACCGAAGCUGCGGCAGCAACAUCAGAAGCUGUUGGGGCUUUUGAGGUGUCGGAGGAGAUGAACGAGCGUGGUUUGGGAGGAACCAGGUGGCCGCGGCAGGAAACGCUUGCGUUGCUGAAAAUACGAUCUGACAUGGGAAUAGCGUUUCGAGACGCAACUGUUAAAGCACCCUUAUGGGAAGAGGUUUCCAGGAAAAUGGGGGAGCUUGGUUACAUAAGAAACGCAAAGAAAUGCAAAGAGAAAUUCGAAAACGUUUACAAAUAUCACAAACGAACCAAAGAAGGACGUACCCGAAAAUCCGAAGGCAAAACUUAUCGCUUCUUUGAUCAGUUAGAAGCUCUCGAGACUCACUCAACCUCCUCUUCACUCCACCAUCAACAAACUCAAUCGCAACCGCUUCAAACGCAACUUCUUCAACCGCAUACCAACAACAACAGCUCCAUGUUCUCCACUCCUCCUCCGGCAACAAAUGUUAUGCCGCCUACGGCAAACAUCACUCCUGUGAACAUAUCUUCGUUUCCAAACAUCUCCGGAGACUCUCUGUCGGAUAAUUCAACAUCGUCUUCGUUUUCUUAUUCCACUUCUUCGGACGUCGAGGUUGUUCCGAAGAAGAGGAAAUGGAUCGAGCGGUUUAUAAAACAGUUUGUUGAUAAGCAAGAAGAGCUGCAAGGCAAGUUCUUCGAAGCUGUUGAUAAGAGAGAUCAAGAGAGAAGGGUUAGAGAAGAAUCUUGGAGAGUUCAAGAAAUUGCUCGAAUCAACCGCGAACGCGAGAUCUUAGCUCAAGAACGCUCAAUGUCCGCGGCUAAAGAUGCCGCGGUCAUGGCGUUUCUUCAGAAGUUUUCAGAAAAUUUGAACCCUCAAGGUCAAUCAAUCCCGCAACCACAACCGCAACCGCAUCAUUCUAAAUCACAAAUGCAGUUUAAUAGUAACAACCAGCAGGCGACACCACAGCAAACGCCUCAAACGCCACUUCCUCAGCCGACACAGGAAGUGAUACCGACCUUGGACACUCCCAAAACGGACAAUGGUGAUCAGAACAUGACUCUUUUCUCGGCCUCCUCUUCGCGGUGGCCGAAAGUGGAGAUAGAGGCAUUGAUAAAGCUGAGGACAAAUCUUGAUUCAAAGUAUCAAGAGAACGGACCUAAAGGACCGUUAUGGGAAGAGAUAUCAGCAGGAAUGAGAAGGUUAGGAUUCAACAGGAACUCAAAGAGAUGCAAAGAGAAAUGGGAAAACAUUAAUAAAUACUUCAAGAAAGUCAAAGAGAGGAGCAAGAUACGUCCUGAAGAUUCCAAGACUUGUCCUUACUUUCACCAGCUUGAUGCUUUAUAUACGGAGAGGAACAAGUUCAACAACAACAUAGCAUCUUCUUCCUCAGCUUCGGGUUUAGUCAUACCGGAUAAUUCGGUUCCUUUGAUGGUCCAACCGGAGCAACAGUGGCCUCCAGCUACGGCAACUACGGUUGGUGCAACGGCUCAGCCCAAUCAACAUUCUCCUCCUCCUCCUCAGCCGAGUGAUCAGAACUUUGAUGAUGAAGAAGGCACAGAGGAAGAAGAAUACGACGAUGAGGAAGAUGACAAAGAGAAUCAAGAAGAAGGAGAAGGAGGUGAGUUUGAGCUUGUGCCGAGCAGUAACAAAGACUAGUAAACGUUUUUAAGUUUUGAUAUAGAGGAAGUGAAUUUAAAUAUUGGAAGGGGUGUGUUUUUAUUUUAUUCUGAGGAAAAAGUUAAUAUGUUGAAAAAUAAUUAAAUAAAUGUGAUAUAAUUGUUUUGGGGAUAAACAAAUAAAUAAAUUAUUAGUGUUAAUGCUGUAGAACCUUCAGAUGAAUGGUUCCUGUUGUUGGUG